AUGGUCAAGACUAAUAAAACUGGGUCCAAGGUAGUUUCAGCACACAGAGGGUCUGAGAUUCCUAGCACAGUCCCUCAGCGGGGACACGGAUUCUCUGUUGCCUCUACCCAACGAAGUCCUGUGAGCCCUACACCCCAUCAAAAAUUAGAAGCUGUGUAUCCCGGCGCUACUCACUCAACAUCAGACUCUCGAUCUUUCUUCCCCCAGUCAGGACCAGGCCUCUCUGGAAUACCCAUCUCUCGAGGAACUGAGGCCCGAUCAAAAAGUGAUGGAAUUCGCUAUCCCUCUCCUCAUCGAAAGAGCCAGCAGAUUCAGACAACAUCCCCCCAGGCCGUGCAUAUGCAGCGGAAUAUUGGUCCAGCCAGAGAUGAAGGAACACGAAGAGGGGGUGAGAGCAAGUUAUGGCGUGACAACAUCCACACCCCAUCAAGCCCGGAUGUUAAGUCCUCUCGCCGGUUGAGUUUCAUAGAUCAGAAGGAUAACUUACAAUUCUCGCAAGAUGAAAACCCACCCUCCAAGGUCCAGUACCCACAAGGGAUCAGAGUUCCCCGUAGACCUUUGGUUCAUCCAAAGGAUGAAGCAGUCCAAACUGACCCCAUCCGAAAAAACUUGACUGCUGCUGAGAGCAGAGCCCCAAGGGGACUCUCCAGCCCACGACAGGGCAGCAGCAAAAUUUCUGCAGACUCUCGGGCAGUCCACAGAAGGACCCUCGGCCCAGAGUCUGAAAUGAGUCAUCCUGGCUCACCUUACAUAGAACCUAAGAACUAUCACAGAAAUAUGAAGUUGGACUCCUCUCUCAGACUGUCUGUCCUUAAGGAUCUGGAUGGACCCCGAGUGCGUACAGAAGCUGAGUACCAGAAGUAUCCUGUCCUCAGUGAAACCAAAUCCUCCCCUAAAUUCUUUGUAUCACCAGAAAUGGAUUCCAGCAUGAGGUCCUCAGUCCGAGGAGACUGUGAGGCUGGUCGCAGGGUCACCAUCUCCCCAGGGGCACAGUCAGUACAGGGAACUCACCGUGUGACAUCUCGAGCAAUGUCUGAGAGUCCCCCCAAAUUUUCCAUGGGUGUCACUGUGGAGCCCACCUAUAAACAGCCCACUCCAAGAGCCCCAGAAAUUGUCUCCACAUCUCCACCCUCCGUCCAAGCAGAACUGGAACUGACCCCACGACCCUUACCCCCUCGCUCCUUACCUAAGUAUGGACCUGACUCCUCAUGGUGGGCCUUACUCAAUCCUGAAGCGGAAACGCCCCAGAGCCGGCCAGCAACACCUGAUUUUGAGUUUAAGUACUAUCCUCCCUUAGACCCUUUUUUGUGCUUCCGUGAAAUGGACUCAAACCCUUGCUAUGAGGAUCUGAUGUUCCAGAAAGAAAAGGCAAGUCCGUCACCACCACCAGCACCAGCAAUGCCACCACCACCAGCACCACCAAAGGAAUCUCGUAGCUGGGUGCCAAUGAGGGAAGUGCCCCAGGCCUCCAAGCACAUCUCUAAAGAGCCCAUUGAAAGGUCUAGUGCUUUCUUCUUGGGUGUCUCUGAGGAAAUGCACAACCGUGUCCUCUGGUGGCUAAAAGGUCUGUGCUUUUCCCUCUAUGAUCCCCGGGGCAUCUCCUCCCGGGAGUGCCAGGUGGGCCGUUCCCUGUCCUUCGGGGACAGGCUCAAGCACCCCGUGGUGCUGCGCCGCCUAAAGGGGCCUCUCUAG